AAUCGGGGCACCAUAUCAGUCCAUUGUAUGGAGAAAAAUGCUGAAAUGUUUUCCUCAAAAAACAUAAUUUCUUUACGACUGAAGAAAGAAAGACAUGAACAUCUUGGAUGACAAGGGGGUGAGUACAUUAUAUGUGAAUCUUUGUUUUGGAAGUGGACUUCUCCUUUAAUUAAUUACCAACUCAAAACUUUCUCAAAACACUUUUGCAGUCUCAAUGUUCAGACUUAGGCCAUGUCACUUUGGUAAUUAAACGUUCAUUUCUUUUCCAUUUACAUCCAUGCAAAACAGAGGAUUUAAAAAAAAAAUAAACACACACAGAUCAUGCUGACAGAUAUAUUUUGUGUAUAUGAAUUCUCUGAGGUGACAAACUAUUGUGAGAAAUCUUAUUUCUGACAGUACCAUACUACUAGGCUAUUUCCAACCAGCUAAUAGACGGAAUUUAAAACUAACAAUAAAACUAAGAUGAUACAGAAAUGUAAAAGAUUUAAACAGAAUAGAACAGGUUCAAAUGCAUCUUUCACCUCAAAAUCUCAGAACACUAAUAAGAUGUUUUGACAGAGCCAUACGUCUCAGGCUGAUUUUUAUUAAACAAUUUUUUUUAAUAUACUAUUUGAAGCUCACAUUUAAACUGUCUGUCUUUAUAUUUUCUUUAAAAAUGCAAUUUUUUACCCUAACCAAACACAGGCUUGUAACCCUAUAUGAAAAUUUAUAAUAAAAUUCGCACCAACGUACAGUUUUGUCUUUAUUAUUUAUACUCGCAUACAUAAUUGAACUAUAGUGUUUUGCACCCACUACUAAUAAAUAUCAAAAAUUAUAAUAAUUUUUUCAUAAUUUUUGGUUUGACUGUAUAGUACGGAAAGAACCACUGAAUCAGUUUUUAAUUCGGACUCUUUGAAACGAACUGUUCGAAGGAACCGAUUCGCGGGUAUGAUUCGGAGUUCACUGAGGACACGCAGAACUCGCGCCAAAACGAAUUCGUCGCAAUAAACAAAAAUGCUGUGAUACUAAAGAAUUAAUAUAAAGUUAAACCACAUACAAGCCUCAGACUACUAAAUAAGAGUUUCCUAUUCGCAUCUUUCUACAUCGUUGACGUCAUUUCGUACUGGCAGUGAGGAGUGGUUUGUCAAGAUGUGGAGGAAUGAAAACCAGAGACCAACCGCAGGCUGUCUCUCCGUGCCUCUGUUUAAUCAAAGGAAGAGGAACAGGCUGCCUUUGACGUCUAAUCCCUCAGAGAGUGAGCUCUUCACUACCAGCCACUACAAUGAGACACAAACCUCCUCCUCCUCCUCUGCUCUUCCCACAUUAGGUCAGAGUGUUCAGUGGAACCAGCGAGCAUAUCUUUCAUCACAGCAAGCCAGCAUGAGAUGUGCUCCUUCACCGGGUGUGGCGGGACGAGGAUAUGCACCUUUACCUCACCCAAAAAAACCUGCCAAUGUCUGGUCACAGACAGGGCAACAGAGGCCUCCAGUGAGACAGGAUUCGAUGCCAGCAGUUGGUUCCCAGCUUCAUGGUGGCUUUCCAAGGAGCAGCUCAGUUUCACACGGCCAGCCCAGAUGGUCCAGCAGCAUCCAGAAUCAACAGUCAUUUCACAUGCCGACAAAUUCCCCCAGACUGCCGUACCGUCCCCAGCAGUGUACCCCUACAGCAGGAAGCACUCGGGACCCUGGUACUCAAAAUAACAGUGGAAAGUGGAACUUCAGGCCUAUUGGACAAUCAGCCAGUGGAAUGUGGGCAAAAGAAAAGAUGGACACCUCAAGUGUCUGGACCACCCCUCAGCAGCAGAAGCCCCCUCGUGAGACAUCACUGCGUGUUAUUACCGCUGUUAUUGAGGGCAUGAAGCACUGGAGCCAGUACAGAAACAGAGUACCAAUGCUGUUUGAGGUGUUUGCUACACUGGACUCUGCAGUUACAGUUGGAGAAUACGGAGCAAAGAAAUUUCUCAUGAGGGAUGGUAAAGAGGUGGUCCAGUGCCUUUACUAUGAAAAUGAUCAGACACUGCCCAGACUGAUCAGAGGUCAGGUGCAUCGCUGCGUUGGAAACUACGACAAACAAAAGGACACGAUGACUUGUGUGUCAGUCCGAGCUGCUUCACUGUCAGAGCAAAGGAAUGCCCUGGAGGCUGUGAGAGCGUCAGAUGCAGAGAUGAGAAAUGUGGUGCUGGCUCUCAGUGAAAUGUGAUGUGGAUCGAGUGAGUAACAGGGGAAAGAUUAAACUAGCACAGACUUUUACUGAAGUUAGGGUUGGUUUUGGUUUAGUUGUGAAGUAGUUAAGAAAUGACCAAUAAUGGUCAUUGAAUAUAAUUUUUGAUUCACUUUGCAGAUUAGAUGCUUUUGUAGAAUUGUAUUUAUUUUAAUUUAUAUGCAUUUAAAAUAUUUAGAAUAUUUUAGUUCCAAUCUUUAUGCAUAUGUAAUCUUGAGUAUUUAGAUGCAUAUAAAUUUAUUUCCUAUGCAGCUAUGUGUACAUGGUUUAUUUAAAUUUGUGACAGUAUUUAUAUGCAUCAUCUUUGAGUUCUAAUUUCUAUGUUAUUAUAUUGUUAGUUGGUGCAUUAAAAUCUAUUUGUAUUUUAUUCCCAAACCUGGGAAAUAUUUACAAGAUUUGUUGGUGUCUUCAUUCAAAAGACAUCAAUUUGCUAAGUUUAUGAAAUGCUUUAUUACAAAGAAGAAACACAUAACAGCAACUUGUUAAGGAUUUCAAAGGUUAAACAAACACAAUGAUGAGGUAACAUCGCAAAAUAUAGCUUUCAAAAGGGAACCAACCAUCAGGAUGCCAUGUUACAGACUUAUUUACAACCAAAACAUCACAGUGGGAAACCCACAGCACUAAUCUACAA